UCGUCUGUCACAUGAUUUCGCUCAUUGAUCAGUUUGUGGUGUGUACAAAAUCAAGUCGUUGAAAUAAGGACAUUUGUUUUUGUGUAAUUAUAUUAUGUUGCGCACACGUGUUGCAUAUACGUUCCUUGGAACAGGGUCCGCUGCACUAAUCGUGAUCAUUCUCUAUUAUGUCUUCACUGGGAAAGGAGAACGUGUCAGUGUUGGCUGGUUUCUGGAACAAACGAGUCCUUACAUGUGGGCAACAGUUGGAAUUGGUCUGUCAGUGGCACUUUCUGUGGUUGGUGCUGCUCUAGGGAUCCAUACAACAGGUGUGAGCAUUGUCGGUGGAGGUGUGAAGGCACCGCGCAUAAAAACAAAAAAUUUGAUAUCUGUUAUUUUCUGUGAAGCAGUAGCAAUUUAUGGUCUAAUCACUGCCAUCGUUUUGUCCGGAAUGCUUGAGCCAUUUACCUUUACAAGAGCUAUGGACAUUCCUGAAAUUCGUGGUCAAAACUGGCUGUCUGGUUACUUAAUGUUUGGUGCAGGACUGAGUGUAGGACUUGUGAACCUGUUUUGUGGCAUAGCUGUAGGAAUUGUAGGUUCUGGUGCAGCUCUUGCUGAUGCUGCUAAUUCUGCAUUGUUUGUAAAGAUUUUGAUUGUAGAAAUUUUUGGCAGUGCUAUUGGCCUGUUUGGUUUGAUUGUUGGAAUAUACAUGACUUCCAAAGUAAAAAUGGGUGACAAGAUGUGAGCCCGCUAAAGAAGAGUAAUAGUGACAAAUUGUGUUGGUGUAAUGUGUACAAUACUGUAUAUUUUUAGUUGAGUGAUAGGGUGUUGUUUGACUUCUGCAUCUGUGGUGCUGGUGUUAUGUUGCAGUGUACAUAGUUACUUAAAGUAUUUGUCAUGUCAUGUAAUAGUUGAAGAAUUGGUGAGAAUAUGUAUAUGUACUGUAAUAACAUUUCAUAUUUAACCUUUUUUAUGUCAUUUCCUAUAUUUGAUGUUCAUUAUGAAGUUACUGAAGUGAAGUACGCUUGGUAGGAAUCUCAUUUCCAAAGAUCUUUGUGUAGGUUAUGCAUAUUCAGAUCAACACUUCAACUGAUAUUGUAAAUAUUAUACAGAGCACAGUAUUUAAGUGUAAAUAAGUCCAUAUUUAAGUUUUUUAAAAAUUUAGAAAAUUCUGGUGACUUGAAAAUCAUUCCUGUACAGUAAUACUGUGUGAUGUAUCUUGCGAGGUUAGUGUGAUCUUACCUAUUUUGUAGAGUUAUCUUCAGUGUAUACAUUAGUGAGAAACUCAGUACAAUUCCUUGUGAGCAGAAAAUAAAGGAAUACAGUAAAUUUUGGUUACCCAGUAUCUAAGCAUCCAUAAUUCUCCUGCUAGCAAAAAUUCCAGAACUUACUUAAAAGCAAGUUACAGUCAGUCAGUGAAUUCCUUUCACUCCAUUUUGGAGCAUCCAUAAAGCAUCUCCAACGGAUUCUGUUCCCAGCCAGGCUCUUGACCUCUCCACAGAUCUUUCCUGCUUUUCGGGCCUCUUCUUCAACAGUUCUUUCCCGGGUUCUUGGUCUGCUUCUCCUUCACUGCACCUGAGGAUAUCAGUCCAGGGCUUGCCUCUGUUGCACUCUGAUCUUUAUGUAGAGUGUGUCCUAUCCAUUUCCUUCUUUUUAUUGCUGUGGCUACUGGUAAAAAAAGUUACAAUGAGCAUAUAUUUACCCAUCACAUGGUAGUUCUCCCAGCUGCCACUAGUAGUGCUGUCCAUACACUUCUCACACAGGAGGUUUGUGGUAGGAGCUAGUUGAAUUUGUGAUAAUGUUACAGUAUAUCCAAAAUCUUUCAUCCACUGACUGCAUCACUUAGGAAGAUUCCGAUGCAAGAGCUAAAGUGAAAACUUGUUUUGAUUUCUAUAAGUCCCCACCCCACCCCCAGCAACUAUCACAUUCAUGUAACCAGCACCCACCCCCCCAAUACAUACUGGAUAACCAGUAGUUUACUGUAUAUAGUUUUGUUUCAAGUGUUUACAUUUUCCGAUAGAAACUGUUGGAAACAUGUUCAUGCAUUUAUUCAAUAUAUUUGUUGCAAACAUCUAUGUAACAUGACAUUAAUCAUUGUGUCCUGUGUACUCGUAUGUUGUGACCUGCAUGAUGAAUGAAAGGUGAACUGGCACUUUUAAAUUUCUCUUUGUGUCAGUCUUUAAUCACUGGCUGAAAAAUGCUGUCACGUUUGUUCUGUCAUGCAUCUUGCGUACAAGUUUUGUUUGAUAAGUGUGUCUGUUCUCUAGAGACUUCAUCCAUGGACUUGAAGCACAACAUGAUUUGUCCAGUAUAUUGUUUUGUUUCCACAUGGCAUAUUAAUAUAGAAUGUUCUUUGUUCUUUGUAUAAAGUAUUGCAGUCAGAACAAAACGCAUAAUAAACUUAAUACUUCUACAGAAUAGUUUAUGUUUAGGGUUUUGGAUGUAAGUAAGUAUGUUUCAUAAUGAAAUACCUGUAAAGAAGGCAGUGAAAUAUGUUUCAUCGGUGAAUGUACUUGCAUAAUUAAAUUUCAUAUGGCUAAUUAAUAUUACAGUAUGCGGGUUUAAAUUUG